AUGAAACCUCGUCUGGGGUUUGCUCAGGAGGUCGUGCGUUGUGUGGAAGGGCUGAAUUAUGACUGUCCAGUAGCUCUUCAGCCCCAUCAGUUGCUACUUCAGGACUUUGGAGACAUUGAAAUAGUGGAAAAACUAACUGUAUGGUUGAUAAAUGAGGAACGAGAAGCUCAUCACCUUGAAAAAAGUCGACGGGAAAGAGCGUUUCUGAAGGGGAUGGGCCUAUCUGACGAAAUGAAACAUGUCGCACCGUUUAAAAAAGGGGUCGAGGUUUUAUUGGAGGCGUAUGUACCGAAAAGACGGUGGCAAUAUCUUGCAACUGAAGGAGAACAGGAAGAAUCGGAAGAUGCUUUAAUUCAGCAAUGUUUACUGGAGUAUGGAGAACGAAUAACUGUUAUUGUUAAUGAAGAGAAAGAACCGACAAUGGAGAUACAAGAAGAUAAAGAAACAAACCAAAUGGACUUUAUGGCACAGAUUGCUAGUCAAGUCGCAGCAAUUGCUGCAGGCAGAACAUCGAAACCACAAGGUGUGAGUAUGAGAGGGUUGAGACGAUUAAAGAAGAAUGAUCCGCAAGCAGUUGAUUUCGACCGACAAUUUCAAAAGGCAAAGAAGCAAGCAAUGAAGAUGCAACAGGAUCAGCUAAAUCAACGGCGUGAGCGCGAGGAAGAGUUGAUGCAGAGAGUUAUUUCUGCGCCAGAGGAAAAGAAGGAUCAUACAGAAGGGCGUGUAGGAUUGAACAUACAAUCCCCGUUGCAUUUGGUAAGAGCACAGUUGAAAGAUCACGAGCUGCACGUGCAGCAACUGAUCAAAGACAAAACGGAGUUAAAUGGUAAGAUGAAGGAAUGUCAUGCACGGGCAACUGCACUAGAUGAAGCACUUUCGGCUGUAAAACUGGAAAUGGAGGAGGUAGAAGCGCAGACACCAAAGGAUGCGGCGACCCAAGAACACCUGGUGAAGUUGCAACAACUAAUGAAAAAGAAUGAGGAGCUCAAGCACGAGAAGAAUGAGUUUCGAGCGAAGUGUCGGCUCGAGUUGGAAACGUUGCAGGAGCAAGUUGAGAAAUUAAAGUUGCAAGUGGCAGAAGACGCGAGCAAUCAGGACGAAGAAGCACAGCGUUUAAAUGAGAUCGAGCAUAUGCAUGCUCAAGUAGCCCAGAAGCACAAGGAAAUGAAGCUUGAAGCAUCCAAACAGACUCGUGCAGUGCACCUAAAAAUGAAGCAAAUUGACGAGAUUCCCACCCGCAUUGAAUUAGUGCAGUACGAAAAGCGAUUUGUGGAGCUUUAUGACGAAGUGGCUCUGACGCUAGAUGAAACGCGAAAGUAUUACUGCGUUUACAAUACGAUCAAGACCACACACGAAUUUUUAGAGAAGGAGAUCUCACUGAUCAACAGCAUCAGCGAAAAUUUUGAUGUCGCGAUGAGCUCCAAGGCCGCAACGCAAGCAUUUUUCAUGCAAAUUGAAAACAUUAUUCAUAGCGUGCAAGGCACAGUCGCCAAGCAGAAGAUCGCACGGGACGACCACCAGUGCAGGGUGGAAACGCUGGAAAGCAAAUAUCAGUUGUUGCUCGAACAAGAGCGAACAUAUGUAAAUGCAAUCCGCCAGUUCCAAAAGGAAUGCGAAAUGAACGAGAAGCUGCUCGCUAGACUUGAGGAGUAA